AUGGCGUUCAGGACAGGCAACGGCGCUAUCUGGUGCCGGACGUUUUCAUUGUCAUUGGAAGACGAAGCACUUGAAUGGUUUAACUCUCUACCCCCCAAUUCCACAGAGAACUUUGCCGGGCUAAAACGACUGUUUAACCAGCAGUUCGCGGCCAACAGCGCGCAGGACCUGACCGUGUUCGAGUUGGUCACCCUGAAGCAAGGUAAGGAAGAAACGAUGAGAGCGUUUAUGGACCGAUUCCAGAAGACCGUCCAGCGAGUGAAGGCAUUAAGCCUGGAGCUCGCCCUCCAUUAUAUCCUCCCGCCGCUCAAGCCCGGACCCUUUAAAGAUAGCGUCUACCGACAGGCUCCCGAAACUAUGGAAGAAUUGAGGGAGCGUGCGGCGGAUAAGAUCAGGUGGAAGAGAUGA